AUGAGCAGCGAUGGCCUGCCUCCACCAGAGAAUCCCAACGAGAUUCUGACGGUUGCGCCCAAGGAGCGGUUUCGACUGGGCUACUUCGACGUUAUGUGCCUGGUAAUGAACCGAAUGAUUGGAACCGGCAUCUUCAACUCGCCCCAGCGUGUCAUGCAAGGCACUCACUCCACCGGUGCCGCCCUGCUCCUCUGGUUUGCGGGCAUCAUCUACUGCCUCUCCGGAAUGCACGUCUACAUCGAGUACGGCCUGAACGUCCCCCGCUAUGUCAUCCACGGCGUUGAGCAGAGCAUCCCUCGAAGCGGUGGUGAUCUCAACUACCUCCAAUAUGUCUACCGCAAGCCCGCCUACCGCAAGGACACAGUUCUGCUAAGUACCUGUCUGUUCGCCAUCGCCUUCAUUGCCCUGGGAAACAUGGCAGGCAAUUCCAUCAGCUUUGCCACUCGCGUCCUCCGCGCUGCUGAUGUUCAAGACCCGAGCAAUGGCGCUGUCAGGGGUAUUGCCCUUGGCAUUGCGACCCUGACUUGCUUUAUCCACACUUUCUCCCGCCGAGGCGGCAUCUUUCUUAAUAACGUCCUGGCCAUCAUCAAAGUCAUGAUCCUUCUGCUGAUCAUCGUCACCGCUAUCGUCGUGGGCGCUGGUGGCUUGAAGAAGACGGACAACAUCAUCACCGAAAACACCAGCACCUCGAAAGCAUUUGCUGGCGCCUCCAGCGAUGCCAACGGAUAUGCCCAGGCCUUCCUAGCCAUCAUCUUUUCCUUCUCAGGCUUUGAGCAGCCCAACUACGUCAUGGGCGAAAUCAGCCGGCCUCGGAGGAAGCACCCCAUUGCCACCAUCCUAGGAGUUUCCACUGUGGUUCUGCUCUACAUGGCCGUCAACAUCUCCUAUAUGGUCGUUGUGCCCAAGGCUGAUCAAAUCAACUACCCAGGCGGCGUGGCCCAGCGUUUCUUUGAGCUGACUCUGGGGCGUGUCUCCGACGACAAGACGGGCACCCGAAUUUUCAAUGCCUUCUUGGCCAUCGCGAGUAUGGGUAACAUCAUCGUGAUGACGUACACAGCGGCUCGAGUCAAGCAAGAAAUCGCCAAGGAGGGCAUCAUUCCCUUUGCCAAAUUCUUCGCACAGGACACAGACAUGUCCCUCGGCCGUCUCCUAGGCUGGUUCCAGAAGAAGGGGUGGUUCUCUUCGAUCCUCCGCAUCCGUUGGUUUUCGCCGGAGGAGCACACGGAGAGGACUCCAGUGGGUGCCUUCGUCCUACAUCUCAUUUCAUGUGUCAUCCUCAUUUUUGCGACGUGGGGAAUGACUCCCGAUAAUGCCUACACCCUUCUUACAAGCUUGAGUGCAUAUACCAUUAACGCCUUCUUUGGAACCUUCUUGGGCAUUGGCAUUCUGAUCCUGCGCUUCCGAGGGCCACCAGCAACAACAGACAAUGACAACGCCGAGAGCAAAACUACGGCUCCCGUAACCUGGAGGGAGAUGACGGGCAAACAUAUCAACCCGGUACUCAGCGUCAUCUGCGCUGUCAUCUACACAAUUGGUGGUCUCUGGCCCGUCGUCAAUACAUGGAUCAAGCCAACCAGCGCCAUUACUCAGAGUAUUAAAUGGUGGCUCGUGCCUACGAUCUCUUGGAUCAUCAUCGCCAGUGGUAUCGCUUGGUUCCUUGGCUUCGUGGGCGUCGCCUGGCGAACCUACCGAAACCACCACAAGGUCUUUGUCGUCGAGAAGCAACCCCAUUUCGAGAGCGCGAAUGGAUUUGGCACAGACGAUAGCGAAGGCCGCGGGAGCGGUGGACUCGUGCUCGUUCAUGAGACGGUGUAUCUGAGUUGGGUAGGCAAGGAGACUCUGAGACAGAGAAAGCCAGAGCAGUUGGUGUUUGAUGACGGCAUGGAUGAACAACCAGCACAGCCGAUGUCCAUGGCAGGGACAGAUUUCGAUGCCUUCUUUCAACAGGAGCAACAGCAGCAGCAACAACAACAAUACCAACAACCACAAUACCAACAAUCACAAUAUCAGCAACCCAGCCAACGUCACCAAUACCAGCAACAACAAUACCAAGAAGAUCCUAACGCAGGUUACGGGACGGGAUUCAGACCAUCCGAGCUUCAUUAA